AUGGUAUUGACAUUUCUAGCACGUCACUAUUCAUACGAGUGCAAGGUUCCGGCCCAGGAGCGCCCUUACACAUCAAGACCUUCGCGGUCCCAGCAACUUCGCAACCCCAAGUUGAUACCCAAACUAACUAAUGAUGCACUCAAGCCGCUGGAAGACAAAGGGAGGCGGAGAGGGCUAGGAAGAGAGAAGCGGAAGAACGUGAGGACAGAGCCCUGCGCUCAGAUACAAGACACCGCAGAUCUCCCUCAACGGACUCUGUGUCCACCAUUUCAACUGCUGCUUCCGCCGAUUCUCGAAGGAAGCAGGAACAUGACCGAAAUCGCAGUGCAGAGACAUCAUCCAGAGGUCGUCGUCUGGAAGAUAGGCGCAGCCGUUCACCUCAAAGCUCGAGGUCCCCUGGCAGAGAUAGCGUCUCACCCCCGCGUGAGAAUUCAAAGCGAUCUUACCGAGACAGAGACAUGGGAGCUCCCCGCGACUCAGAAUCUGAUCAAAGGUUCAAACGCAGGCGGUACUCUGAAGAUUCAAAGUCUUCUCAUGGCUCGGAUCGACACGCUGAGCCAAGGCAUUUUCCAAGAGAUCGUAGAGACCAGGGCGAAAGGCACAUCCGAAGCAAUCAAAAUCCGGGGGCUCGGUCCAGAGGAGGAUUUAACGAGAGAGGUGGGAGGCGCCACGAGCACGUUGUAG